AUGGAGGCAAGCAGAAGCAAGCAACUCGCUCCCACUGGGUCACUAGUGACUCGUAUCAAGGGUCAGCGGAUCGUCCCCAGCGCCUCCAAACCGCGUAACACGUUCUACCUCAAUCUGGAAGAAGCUCUUGACACCCGCCGCGAGUCUCACAUUCUCUACUCGAUUGUGGAAAACAAUUGGCAGAACACAAACAUUGUCAACUUCAGUAGCAAUGACCUCCUGUCAUUCAAUGACACACCGGAAUUCCGUGAGGAGUUCCUGGCCGAGCUCAGCAGACACCCCAACUUUCGCCCUGGCGCAGGGGGGCCACGGCUCAUGGACGGCAAUUACCCCUACCUUGAGCAAACCGAGGGUGAGAUCGCAGUGUUUCACGGCUACGAGGCUGGGUUAAUUGUCAACUCUGGCUAUGAUGCCAAUAUUGCCAUCUGGAACUCUUUGCCUCGUUCUGGAGACGUCCUUGUGUAUGAUGAGCUCGUGCACUGCAGCACCUACGAUGGGAUGAGCCAAAGCCUCGCCGCGCAAAAAGUCGAGUUUCGACAUAAUGACCCCGAGUCGUUUCGCGAGGUGCUUCUCUCUAUUACGGAGACCCAGCCUCAGAUCAAACAAGGCAGGAGAUGCAUUCUUGUCGCGGUCGAAUCUACUUACAGCAUGACCGGUGAUGUUUGCCCACUGCGAGAGCUCGUCCAAGUGGCCCACGAGGUUUUUCCAGGCAAGCAAGGCAACGUUCAAUUCAUCGUUGAUGAGGCGCACAGCACUGGUAUGAUGGGGCCCAACGGCUCUGGUCUCGUGUGCUACCUCGGGCUGGAGAAAGAAGUGGCAGUGGUGAUGCAUUCAUUUGCUAAGGCUCUGGGAUCGGUCGGAGCGAUCAUUGUGGGCAACAAAUCAGUGGUGUCUGCCGUGAUUAAUUUUUCCAAUAUCUUCAUUUAUACUACAUCUCCCACAUUCCCGACGAUUGCUACGAUCAAGGCCGGCUACACCUUGCUGGCCAGCGAGAAAGGCGAGCAGGCUCGUCAGCACGUUCAAGACCUUGCCCAGACGUUUUGGGAGUACCUCACGACACAUCCCGACUGGGAGAAUGCGCGAUCCCGGGGGCUCCUCUCUAUACCCCUGGCGAAAGACUGGGAGGACAGACCAUUCCUAGUCCACAUUGCAGCCGUGCAUACGCGCAUUCAGUAUAUAUACUGGCUAUAUUUCCACUUGAUCUUCUCGUCUUACUGCACCUUUCCGGUGGAGUACCCUGUGGUGCCGCUCAAUCAGAGCAGACUAAGAGUAACAUUCCACCCGUGCAACACCCAUGAGCAGGUACGCGGGCUGGUGGAGGCCAUGUUUGAUUGGGUGCGUGAAAUGAUUGAGAUUGAGGAGGAGAGGUCCGCCCAAAAGAUAUCAUGGGCGGCAAAGAAGGUGUACGAAUGGAUGGAGGAGGAGGGAUUAACAGGAUUCGGGUACAAUCAACACUAG